GAAGCAAAUAUGUUCAAAAUACAAACAAUGGUUCCCUAUAAUAUGUCAGCAGAGUUUUUUCUGUUUUACACAAAUGUACCGAAUGAUACAAGAGCCACAGCGUUGGAAAUAUUACAGAUAGCGUUCGAUCAGAGUAAAUUCACAACAAAACUAAUAAUUCCCAUUGAAAGGGAUGUGUUUUACCUGUAUAACUUCAAUUUAUACCCAAAAGAGAAGAAAUAUUGCGCGGCGCACCCCAUGUUGACCUUAAUCAACACCUGUUAUCAUGGUGUCUUCACCAAAAGAGUUUACCGUAAUAAUUAUGACUUCUCCCGGUUGAAUUGUACAAUACCUGUGAUUAUGAUGGAGAUCCCACCGUUUGUAAUCACUCCAAACGAUGGCCUUGAAGUGUUAAUCUUGAAAGAAUUCGAGAGGCGUCUGAAUGUGACAUUUGAGAAGUCAAUGAAUAGCAUGUCUGGCUCCUGGGGCAUGAAACAACCCAAUGGGACUUGGUCAGGACUCCUGGAACAGAUAUACAUCGACCCGUUUAAUAUUGGCGUUGGGGCUGUAUCGCUAAAGGAAGACCGAUUGAUUGAUUUUGAUUAUACGACGGAUUACUUUUCAGAAUCCAUGUUGUUUGUGGUCCCCACUGCGGAUAGAGUUGAAGAAUGGAAGUUGAUCAUGAUUAUCUUCAGUUGGUCAACAUGGCUGGUCCUGUUUAUUCUUUUCGUUGUGAUUAGUGUGUUGAUUUGGAUUGCGAGCAAUGUUGAAGAGUUGGUUACAGCUGAUGAUCGAAACUUAACCACGUUUGGCAGCGCCAUGUUGUUGUCCUUGCAGGUAGCCAUUGCUUUUGCAGUUGACAAGCAGCCACGUGCAUUGGCGAACCGGAUGUUGUUUAUCACCUACGCGUUGUUUAUUAUUAUAGUUUCGUGUUUGUAUCAGAGUGCUUUGAUUGAUAUUUUGACGAAUCCGCAGUAUCAGCAUCAAAUUAAAACUUACGAAGAGGUUGUUGAUGCUUCGAUACCUCUUGGAGGUAGUUCAGAGUAUCGAGAAAUCUUUAAUGAAUCAGAUAAAGUGUUGUAUGAUAAAUAUGUAAUAUUAUCAGGCGAAAAUGCUGUAUAUCAGGUUGCAAAAGGCGCGUUUAUAACGAUUUCUGGUGAAUUUUACGUGAAAUUCAUUUCGGGGACACCGGAAGUUACGCAUCAAGAUGGCACCUCUAAAAUCUACGUCAUAUAUGAUGAUGUGGUGUAUAUUGACACUUUUCGAAUUGUUUUCUCGAAGAAUUACGUCCUGAAGAAACAGUUUGAUGAUAUUAUUGAUGGAUUACUCACCGCUGGAUUUAUUGCGAAGUGGACACAAUAUUAUACUAAUCAAUAUCGGCCUGCUGAUUGGAAACCAAUGGAUUAUGAAAAAAGCACAUCGAAUGAUGUUGUACUCACCAUGCGCCAUUUUGAAGGCUCGUUUGCUUUACUUCUCUUUGGUUUGGUUUGCGGACUGAUUACGUUUGGUCUCGAGUUGAUCCUGUACAAAUUUAACAAAGAAAAGCGUAGAUAUUUAAUCCAACGUCGAUGGAAGAAGAUAUUAGUUGCUAGAAGAGUGUUUAAUCGUAGAUUUUUACACUGA